CCUUCACAACUGUCUUGAAACCACGUCUACUUCCGCUCGGGUCAGUCUACGACGUGCUGUCCGCGCUGACUGCACACAUCAACAAGGAGAUAAACCAUUUCUCUCCGUAGCUGUUUGUUUCUAUAAAUACCUCCACUGCUCGCUACUACCUACCAGAAUGAAUGUGGGUGUGGCACACAGUGAGGUGAACCCAAACACUCGGGUCAUGAACAGUCGAGGCAUCUGGCUGACCUACGCGCUCGGUGUCGGAAUACUUCACAUUGUGCUCUUGAGCAUACCCUUCUUCAGCGUGCCGGUGGUGUGGACGCUCACUAAUGUCAUACACAACUUUGGAAUGUAUGUCUUUAUGCACGCAGUGAAGGGAACGCCAUUCGAGACCCCCGACCAGGGAAAAGCCAGACUUCUUACACACUGGGAGCAGCUGGACUACGGCGUGCAGUUCACGUCAUCUAGAAAGUUUUUCACCAUCUCACCAAUCAUUCUAUACUUUCUCGCGAGUUUCUACACAAAAUACGACACGACACACUUCGUCAUAAACACGGCCUCGCUGCUGAGCGUCCUGAUCCCCAAGCUGCCGCAGCUACACGGCGUCAGACUCUUCGGCAUCAACAAGUAUUAAGUUAUUGUAAAUUCUGCUGUGCCUCGUAGCAACACAAGUUAAUUCCUGUGUAGUGUGUACCACCAAUGUGUGUACUAAGUCGUACAGUUUGUGUAAGCGUCACUGUUUAGAUUUAUCAGGUUUUAGGUGAAAUGUAAAAAAAAAUAAACAGGUUUGUAGACGACAGGAUGCCAUAAGCAUUACUAACGUAUGUGAAUAUUUAAUAAUGUAAUUUUGGCCGGCGCUGACCCGGGCUGGCCCGGGAAUCGGCGAGGCUCUUUGGUUGAGUUUAUUUUUGUCUGUCUUUGCCCUCAAUUCACAUGGCAACACUAA